GUACCGCUCUGGAUAGUAUUUCAUAUACAUAUUACAUAUUACACCGUUUCAGCUUGGUGUGGGAGGGAAGUCCGAAGUGAGACAGCCAAAGCUGACGUCCCCUGUACCUUCUCUGUGUUUCAAAAUGUCUAUGUCACCGCUGAUAUUCGCUUUACUGUUGGGAGGAUCCAUGUUUGUGCCGAGUUCAACAGAACCAGAGAUCGAUGCACGUCUAAGAGUGUCCCGAUCUUCAUUCACCGUCAACAGGAAGUUUGUUUACGUCAGAGAACACAGCAGUGUGACCUUGCAGUGCAACCCUGACGCGGAUAUUACAACGGAAGGCUUUGUUUGGCACCAUAACGGACCUUCGAAUCCCAUAUACAAAGACGAGACAUAUGAUCCUGAAAGAGAUGCAGGUUUGAUAUACAUCAACAAGAUGUCUGACGUGGAACAGGGUCCUUACAACUGUCUGGUGAACACGUCCAAUGGAAGACUCCUGUCAGAGACAGUUAUACUCAAACUUGCAAAAACCGAAAAACCGCCUUUGGGCUAUGGGGUAAACCGGCUCAACGGUAUGGAUCCUCUUCCCUGUGACGUAACGGCAUAUUCAGUACCACGUGGUGAAAUCACCUGGCUUAAAAGCGAGACAAAACUGGAUCCUUCUGAAACUGAAAACGUGUACAUAAACAUGAACGGUGCCUUGGUCUUCGUAUACUUGACAAGUGAUGACUUCAAUAAGCCGUACAAGUGUGAGGUGCACAACAACGUACUGCAUGAAAAUAUUACAGGGAACACAACAUAUUUGAAAGAGGGAACAUGGAACAGUCGGAGUCAAACCAAACCAAAGCUGAUCACCAGCACCGGAACCACAUCGGCUGCGGAGGGCGAUGACGUCAUACUGGAAUGUGUCUUCGGCGGGGACCCAGCGCCCACGGUAACAUGGACGAGGAGACACGCCCGGGAGGCCCGUCACAAAUACAGCUAUCCCGCGACUAAAGGGAGCCAACUGCGUAUAGCGGACGUAGCUCUGAGUGAUGGCGGAGAAUAUAGGUGCCAGGCUAAAAACCCACCGGGAGAGGCUGAAGCAACAGUGACUGUAAACAUCAAAAAAAAGCCAGCUUUGCUGUUUCCAAAUUCUGUUGAGUCACGUUUCCUCGUCGCCGGAGACAAUGUUACCUACAACUGUAUUCCCGACUCCGGACUGGAAUCCAGAUGGCUUUUCGAUGGAACGUCACUCGAUGAUGGGACGGAACAACUUCUUUUGGGCAAUAACAAAAAGUCACUGACCAUCACAUCAACUAGAAGUGACCGAGAGGGUAUCUGUGUCCAGUGCAACGUCAGUAACGACAUCGCCUACACCCUGUACAGCGCCUGUGUCAGAUACGUGGCCACUGAAGCAGACCUACCAACAACAACCAUGAUCAUCAACACGCAAGAUCCAUCUACGCUGUCGACAUUCAAGCUGUGGUGGGUUCUUAAUCCCGUCGUCAUUGUCACUGCCGUCGUCAUCAUCAUCGCCGUGGUCGUCGUUAGCGUGAGGCGCCGAAGAGCAAAUGAGAAGAAGCGCCUGUCCACCGUAGGAAGCACAGUGGACCUGCCAAACAAGGCUAGCAUCUACUGGGAGGCCCAUCAGCUUAUAGAACAGACAUCGGAUAAAGGGCGCAUCGCACAGGUCGCAAAGAAACAACAGCAAGAUGACCUCUGGAACGAAAUUAUAUAGACCAGGGUGCGAUUUAUGACUUUUCUACCUUGCAUUCACAAGGGCGUACAUGUUGGCUGUCAAUUUCAUGACAAACAAAUGCAUUCAGCAGUUGCUCGCUUCCCUUGCUGAUGUCUUGAAGGCGCCGUUUCCAUUUGUAAUGUCCAUGCUCGUGUGUCAUGUACUAACCUGUACAUCAGGGUCUGGUGAGGUUGUAACCACUUUGAAAUGUGUUCAUAAUGAUUUGGGUGUACCUCCUUCCGCUGCUCAUAGCAGGACAAGGUGUGUUGGAAUUAGAAACACACGUUUUCUCAUUGAAGUGACCAGCCUCAUCUGGUCUUGCAAUAGUUGACCAUUUCUACAAUUUACGUUUGAAGUACAAAUGCCAGUACUAAAAUGCCUUUUAAAUGUUACUUAUUAGUUUAUUAUUAAUUUCAUAAUAUUGCGAUGAUGUAUCAGAUUGAUGCCGGAAAUGCUAACAUUUAUGAUCUCAAUUUCCGCCUAAAUAUGUUGUUUUUUUGUUUGUUGGUUGGUUUGUUUGUUGUUUAACGCCACACUCAGCAAUAUUACAGCUAUAUGACGGCGGUCUGUAAAUAAUCGAGUCUGGACCAGACAAUCCAGUGGUUGAUAUCUAGUCAAACUCGGAAAGUUCACGGGACCAGCACAUUAUUGAAGGUCCUUAAUGGCGACUGGAGGAGCCUCAUCACUUAAUGGAGGCAAAUAAGAUGGACCAGACAAUCCAGUGGUUGAUAUCAUGAGCAUCGAUCUACGCAACUGGGUAAGAUUACAUGUAUCAACCAAGUUAGCGAGCCUGACCACCCGAUCCCGUUAGUCGCCUUUUACGGCAAGCAUGGGUUGCUGAAGACCUAGUCAAACCCGGAACGUUCACGGGACCAGCACAGUAUUGAUAGUCCUUAAUGGCGACUGGAGGAUGCUCUUCACUAAAUGAAGUCAAAUAAGAAAGUGAGAAAAGUUGUUAGCCACAAUGAUUUUAUGCAGUAAUUACUCUAAACGUCAUACAUUCAAAUGAUCCCGGGGGUAGAAAUUGUCUCUGGCACCCUACAUUGGGAACCCGUGGAAUUCAUAAUUAGAAUUCAUCCCUUUGCUGGUCGUAUGAGGCGAUUUAAUAGAUGGAUAAGGACCGACGACUUUUUAAGGCGUGUCAAGGUCGCCCGAUAGUUUUGGUUGGUUGGUUUGUUGUUUUACGCCGCACUCAGUAAUAUUCCAGCUAUAUGACGGCGGUCUGUAAAUAAUCGAGUCUGGACCAGACAAUCCAGUGAUUAAUAUCAUGAGAAUCGAUG